AAUAAGUUUGAUCAAACGGAGAAAGAAAAAGUUGCUCUUGUACAAGAAAAAGCUGCUCUUGCACAAGAAAAAGCUGCUCUUGCACAAGAAAAUGCUAAAUUUGAAAAAGAUAAAGCGGCAAUUACUCAAGAGCUUGCAAAGGAAAAAACUAACCAUGAGAAUCUUCGAAAAAGAGUGAGUAACAUGCAAAAGAGUUUUAAAACCGUAGCCCAAGCUGAACAAAUAAAGAAAGAGCUAGAAGAGUUGAAGCAAAAACAUCAAGAUGUUUCUAAAGAGUUAGAAGAAACGAAGCAGCAAAGCUUGGAGCUCACAAAGCAAAUCGAAGGACUAAAGAAAGAAUUACAAGAAGAGAAGGAGAAAACAUCAGAUUAUCUCCGGUAUAAAGCACAAGAAUCGAUGUUUUCUAGCAAAAUUAAAAAGCUGGAAGCAGAAAAGGCAGA